ACUGCGACCUUUAACUCCCAGGUGUGAUGUUUUAUAUUUCUGGUUUAACCUUCUUGUCAAGUGUUAAUGCAGUUUGUUUUCAGAGUUUGUCUCCACAGACUGAGCUGUGACGCCCAUCGAUCAAUACUGUCAUCGAUUAUUGAUUGGAGCUGCCAGAGGCUCAGCAGGACUUAUGUAAUCUGCCGUUUGUCAGAGGAAACAGCCACAUCACAACGCUGGAAACGAACAGGACGUCCUCUCCAAGAUGCCGGGUACUCUUCCCAGGUUUCCCAGCUUGCCGCGGGGGGUGAUGACCAUGCCGUCCCUGCCCAGAGGUGUGGUCAGCCCCCCCAGUCUACCCAGUCUACCCAGUCUGCCCGGUUUACCCAGUCUACCCAGUCUACCCAGGGGCCUCACCAUGCCCAGUCUUCCCAGCAUGAACAUCCCCAGCCUGCCCAGAGGGAUGUCGCUGCCGAGGGCCGUCGCCAUGCCGACCGUAUCCCAGGCUCCUCGGAGGCUGCUGCAGGACUGCUGCUCCAUGGUGGACCAUCAGACGCCUCCAGGUUUGUGCAGCUGCUGUUGGGCGCUUCGUCCUCGCUACAAACGGCUGGUGGACAAUAUUUUCCCAGAAGACCCUGAGGACGGUCUGGUCAAAGCCAACAUGGAGAAGCUGACGUUCUUCGCUCUGUCGGCGCCGGAGAAACUGGACCGGAUCGCUGCGUACCUGUCAGAACGCCUGACCCGGGAACUGAACCGACACCGCUACGGGUAUGUGUGCAUCGCCAUGGAGGCGCUGGAGCAGCUGCUGUUGGCCUGUCACUGUCAGAGCAUCAACCUGCUGGUGGAGAGUUUCCUCAGUACGCUGAAACUGCUGCUGGAAACCGACAAACCACACCUUCACAUCCUGGCAACCAACUCUUUCGUGAAGUUUGCGAACAUCGAGGAGGACACGCCGUCGUAUCAUCGCAGCUACGACUCCUUCGUGUCCCGCUUCAGUGAGAUGUGUCACUCUGAUCACGAAGACGCCGAAAUCCAGAACAGGAUCCGCGUGUCGGGUAUCCGGGGCCUGCAGGGCGUGGUCCGGAAGACGGUGGACGACGAGCUGCAGGUGAACAUCUGGGAACCUCGGCACAUGGAGCAGAUCAUCCCGGCCCUGCUGGUCAACCUGCAGCAUCGCAACCACACCCACAGUGAAUCUCCGUCCGAACAGACAGAGGUGUGUUUCCGAGAACUGCUGGGCCGAGCCGCUUACGGACACAUCAACAACGCCAUCAAACCUGUUCUGAUGCAUCUGGACAGUCACAGUCUGUGGGAAGGUCGAAGCUUCGCCGUCGGCUGUUUCCAGAUCAUCAUGUAUUCCAUCCAGUCGCAGCAUUCCCACCUGGUCAUCCAGCAGCUGUUGGGUCACCUGGACGCCAACAGCCGCAGUCCGGCUUCGGUCCGAGCCGGGAUCGUGGAGGUUCUGUCCGAGGCGGCCGUGAUCGAAGCCACCGGAUCCGUAGGUCCCACCGUGCUCGAGGUCUUCAACACCUUACUGCGACAGCUCCGGCAGAGCGUCGACUACCAGCUGACCGGUUACUAUGACAUCGCCGGCAAACACAAGACCACCUCUACGGAGGAGAAGACUCUGCAGGACGCCGUCAUCAGGACCAUCGGAUCCUUUGCCAACACCCUUCCUGUGUAUCAGAGGUCAGAGGUCAUGCUGUUCAUCAUGGGGAAGAUCCCGGUUCCUGGGAUCUACCCUGCCCUGGGUUCACCCAAUGCCGGGUUUGAAGGUAGUAGGAUGAUCCAGGUGAUGCUGCUCAAGUCUCUUCUGCAGGUGUCGGAGUGUUAUGAAAGCACCAACCUGCUGACGGCUCUGCCCUCGUCCUUCCUGGAGCCUCUGCUGUCGUUCACUCUGAUGGAGGAUCCCGAGAUCCGCCUCCUGGUUCUGUCCAUCCUCACCUCACUCAUCGACCGACAUCACAACGCCGCCAGACUCAACGCCAACAGUGUUGUGUUCGAUGUGUCGGUGUUGGAGCUGAAGGAGGAUGGAUGCUCCCGACAGGACAACCUCUUCACCAGGAAGCAUGCUCAGCGUCUCUACAGACACGUCUACCUGGCCUGUAAGGAGGAGAACAGUGGGCGGAGCCACUACCAGGCUCUCUUCAUCCUAUUGGCUGUUAUCAGUCUGGAACUGGCCAAUGAGGAGGUGGUGGUGGACCUGAUUCGACUGCUCCUGGCCCUGCAGGACCUGGCGUUGUCCAAUCAGGACAGUCUGUCGACGUUCAACCGUUGUGGUGUUCACGCCGUCUGCGCCACUUUCCUCCACCUGCUCUCGGAACUCGGCCCGCCUCCGGCCCUGAGGCAAUACGUCACACAGGUGGUCGAGAGUCGUCGGACAGAUGCUGCGUACCUCCUUCCAGAAGUCGCUCUCUGUGAUUCGCCGAGUCUUCCAGAAGGUGAGCUGAAGGUGGAUGAGGCCUGUCUGUUCGUCCAAUCAAAGAUCAGCGAAGCUCUGAUGGGAAGCAGCUACAGCGCACACGCCGACCGCUUCAACACAGCGUACACGCCUCAGCUAACAGAUGAAGAUCACCUGUCCAGGAGGAAGAGCAUCGGAGAUGUGGUUUCUGUGCAGAUGGACAUGGAUCCUCAGUUCGGUCCUGACCAACAGCAGAAACCACAAACAGAGCAGAUCACCUUUGAGACGUUGAAGAACGCCAUCGAGGACAGAGGAGGAGUCGAGGACGAGGACCGAAGGAGGAGGAUGCAGCUGGUCCAGAGGUUUCAGACGGCGCCGUUCGAAGAGAUUGCGGCGCACUGCGGAGCCAGAACGUCGCAGCUUCAGUCCAAACUGGACCAGGUCUUCGAUCUGAUCAUUCGUCCUCCUCCGUCUCCGUCCGGAAACUCGCCGCCUCGAUCCACGCCGAUCUAUGAGAUGAAGUUCCCCGACCUGUGUGUCUAUUAGACAAUCUAUCGAUAAUCAAUAAUCAGUAUACGCCCACUACGUUCUGUGUCCGAUCAUGACACCAGACACCCCCUGAAGUCAUGUGACAUGUUCCCUGUGGACAGGAAGAAGGAAAUGAGGAGAUGAGAGAGGAAAGGAAAGGAG